CCUAUAAGCUUUUCAACAUCAGCUUUACUUUCUUCCUCAAAGCUUCCUUCUCUCUCACUCUCUCUUCUCUCUAAUCACUAAACACUACUGCCAGCUAGUAUAUCACUUCUUCUGUCAUUUACACUCACACUUUAUCGCUCCUGGAGCAAGCUUUUUGUACACAACCUUCCUAUCUUCAAAGAAACUUGUACAAGUUUUGUACUGGAUAUGGGCAAAGAAUGGCAUUGGGGUGGAAGUAGACCUACCACCUCCUCCAAGAGAGGAGUUGCAGAGAAAAAUACUACUACUUCUACAACUACUUCUCCUGGUUGCAUGAGUGCUGUAUUUCAGUUCUUUGAUUUCCACCAUUUUCAGUUUCCUUUGCACCAACACCAACCAUCUUUCAAGCCUGACUCUUUCAAUAUUCCUGAAGACCACACCAUUCUCAAAGGAGUAGAAGCACCAAGGAAUACUGUGGAAUUACAGGAGCCUCCAUUGUCAUCAACUAGCUGCUUCAAAGAAGAAGAAAAACUAACAAUCUCAGUAAGUUCGUGA